UACUCUUUGUACGUACCACCUAUGGUCUGAGUCUAGACUCAGCCCUCGUGUAUUUCUAUUUUGAACUUUGUUGGUGUUCUUGUCGUCCUUUAGCAUAAUUCUGUUUUAAUUGAUAUAAGAAUUUUUGAAUUCAUUUUUUAAAUGUAAGACGGCUUGAAUGACAUUCUAAAUCAACUAUACGCAUGUUUCUGAGGCAUUUACAAGGGAAAAGGGCUUUGACAAGAGCAAUGAGUGUUAGUAGACAAGGAGGCAAUCACCUGGAGAAGACUGCCCACGAAGCAAGGCAGAAGCAAAAGGCAUCGGAAGCAGAAGUGGUUGAAGUUAACGAUAUGUCGCCAACAGUUAAGCGAAUUCUACUAAAUAUAGAUGACCCAGCAUUUAAUUUCAAAGCUGGCCAGUGGGUAGAUUUCUUCAUUCCAGGUGUUGAAAUAUUCACUGGCUUCUCCAUGUCUUCAUCACCUGAUCAUCUUCAGUCAGGCUACCUUGAGCUUGCUGUUCAGUUAAGUGACUAUCCUCCCACCCUCUGGGUUCAUGAAGAGUGCAAAGUUGGAAGUAAGGUAUCUCUUCGUGUCGGAGGAACGCAGAUGGUGUAUGACCCUCAACCAAAUGAUCCAAGUUACAAUAUUUUAUUAAUAGCUGGUGGCAUAGGCAUCAACCCACUUCUGUCGAUCUUGAGGCAUGCAGAGAGUACACAUAGGGCACACAAACCAUGGUUUACAGGCAGAUCCUUUAGGCUACUUUACAGUGCUUCAACACAGAAAGAAUUGAUUUUUCAUGACAAGAUACUUGCAAUUGUAAACACAUUUCCAUUGAGGUUUCAAAGUCAGUUCUUUGUCACUCAGGAAGAUGUGCCAAUAGAUGGUGUAUAUGCUAAAGGUCGAAUACAAGAAUCGGAUCUUGCAAGAGUUGUUAACGAAUUUGGUGCUGACAAAUUGAAAUGUUAUAUAUGUGGACCACCCCCAAUGAUUGAAGAUAUGGAGGCAAAAUUACUGAAGUUGAAACUUAACCCAGAUAACCUUCAUUAUGAAAAGUGGUGGUGAUGAUGAUCUUAUUUUAAUAGAGCUAUAUUAGCUGAAAUGUUAAUACAGUAUUCUCAAAGAACUAAUUGGUUCAGCAAGACAUAUACUUUUCGUACAAUAUUAAUAUUAUUCAGGUAAAAAUAGUCUUUAUAUUACAAGAUUGAAGCAAUAAGGAAAUUUUAUUUUAUUAAAUAUAAAUGUUGUCCAAAUUGUGUAAUUUUGUUUUUACACUGAGCAUUCGUUUUAUAAUACCUUCAGAAUAUGUAACACUGUGUACAAUAGAAACAAAUAUAUGUUGGAUAAAAUUGACUUAUUUUUAAUUAAUCUUAAAUUUUGGCUUUACAGUAUUGUGUUUGCUUCACUAGGCCCCUCUCUAUUUUUUAACAAGCCCUUUCGGGCUUCAUGAAGGUUCGUUUGUUUUCAGUUUUUUUGUCUUUUAAUUUUAUGUAUAUAGCCUGAAUAUAGUCUGUUGUGAUAUUCUUAUGUCUGGAAAACCCUUCAAUUCAGUUUAUCAUAUAAUUUUUGUUGCAUGCCAUUCAAAGAUUUAUCAAAUUUAUAUUAUGCUAUGUACAGUAGAUAUGAGUUUGCGUCCCACCUGAAUCAAAUGCAAAUUGUACUGAUCAAUCAGAUUUUGAUUUAACAACACUUUCUGACAUGCUUGCAAUUUGCGAAGGUGUACUUGUUUUUUAAGUCGUUUAUUCUCUUGCUGCAGUCGUCUGGAAUAAAUCAGAUGUUGAUAAAUGUUUACAUUUAUUUUCAUUCAGCAAGCUCGGCAUGAUUUUGUUUUAAUGGUUACGUAAUCUGAAUGCAAAAUUACAUAUAUUUCUUCUAUUUUGGUGAAAUGAUAAACAGCAAAUUCUCCGUGAUUUUAGGUGGUAACACGCUAUAUCGUCAUUGCGGACUUAUACAAUCCGCAUUUUUUGCAUAAAUAUUUUGAUAUUUCUGAAUACGAAUUCAUUUUUUUUUUAAAUAAAUUGGUUAUGUUUCAAUACGUUUUUUUUUUUUAAUUUUGGUAUUAAAUCGAUUUAUUUCAUGAGCGGCACGUGUUUUUGUGUACAAGCUUAAUCGGUUUCAUAUAAAUAUUUUCAUGUCAACUAUCUGGUGUCAAGCUUCGUCUUUUUCGGAAAAAAUACUAUAAUGCAUCUGUAAUGGAAGUAAAAAUGAUAAUAUAUUAAUAUCGUUGGAAAGUCCUUUUAUUGUAUAUAGUUUUCACUAUUGUUUUUUAAUAAUUUAUGUGUCAUAUUUGACUGGUAUUUACUAUAGGCAGCUAUUCAGCAAACUUUUUUUUUUUUUUUUAUACUUCACUUGGUUGUUGAUUGUGAGAUAAACUCUCCUCGAACUUUAUAAACUCUCCUCGAACUCUACUACAGGUAUUCAUAUUUGUAUAUUACGUACCAAUGAUGAGGUACGUAAAUUAGUGAUUUCCAAUAUAUGUUUGCUCUCCUCUCGAAUUAUUGCUAAUUAAAAAUGUUUACGACUA